AAAUACUAAAGGCCAAAAGAAGUAUGGAGAAGGAUAGGGACGCUGAGUCUCAGGAGGAAAGUAUGGAAUUCACACCAACACAGGAUGAGCUAAAAUGGCUUGAAGGGGGUAUGGUGGCCAUUAUGAAAUCCCUACCAUUAAUAAACGAUAUUCAACAGAGAAUUGAUGUGGAUGGUGGGUUGAUUACUGUAUCACCAAUAGGUGGAAGAAGAGUGUUGCUAACGGAAAAAGAACCAGGGUAUUUGAUUGAGUUUAUGAAUCUCAACAAAGAGUUGUUUGAUUUGUGGUUUGUAGACAUUAAACCAUGGGACAAGGAAGUUCAGGAACGAAGCAGAUUAGUAUGGCUUCGUAUAUCUGGGAUUCCAUUGAAGGCAUGGACUGACAGAUGCUUUAAAAUGAUUGGAGAAUCAAUGGGUGAGGUCGUGAUGAUUCAUGGUGACAUAAAGACGAAGUCAAUCUUGUGUGAGGGGAGAAUAUUAGUUAUAUGUUUUGCAGAGCAUAAGAUCGUUAAACAAGUCUCACUGAAGGUGGAAGAACAGAUGUAUGAAAUACAGGUGAUUGAGGAAGAAUGGCGCUCCGACCUAGACUGGUGGCUCUCAGAUGAUGACUGAAGCUUGGGUAGUGUAUUGAAGAGAAAGGAAGUGGGUAAACUAGUGAGAAUAGAACAACCGGAUUUCCUAUUUUUGCAAGAGACUAAGCUAGAAACAGGGGAUGAUGAUUUAUGCAGAACGAUGUGGAAUUCAAAUGAGAUUGACUGGGUGAUGAAGGAAUCGAUAAGAGCUUUGGGUGGCUUGUUAUGUAUCUGGAAUAAGAAGAAUUUUGCUAAGACAAAAGAUUUUACGGGUGAUGGUUAUCUGAGAAUAACAGGGGAGUGGGGACUAGAUAAGGUGAAAUGUAAUCUAGGGAAUGUGUAUGGCCCAAAUGAUAGACAGAAAAAGUUAAAGUUGUGGGAUGAGUUAGAGCACAUGAUUAUAGAAGAAGGAGGGAGAUGGUUGAUAGCGGGAGACUUUAAAGCCGUUAGAUGUCUUGAAGAAAGAAGGGGAAGAAUUGGAGAGAGCCCAAAUAUGAAGAAAUUUGAUGAAUUUAUCCUGGCAGCAGGUUUAGUUGAUAUUAAAAUGGUUAAUAGGCGCUUUACAUGGUAUAGGCCAGAUGGUACAGCCAUGAGCAGACUUGAUAGAUUUUUGAUGAAUGCAGAGAUGUGCAGUAUGGGUGGAAAUUGGGUGCAACAGGGCUUGAAACGUAGAGCAUAUGAUAUGAAGAAUGCGGAGACUGAUCUGGACGAAUUCGAGAUUAUUCAAAGACAGGAAGGCUUAUUGCGUGAUGGUUGUUGGGUGGAAGAACCAGAACAAGUUAAGAAGGAGGUGUAUAAUUAUUUCAACAAGUUAUUUCAAGGAGACACAUGGAAUAGACCAAAGCCUUGCGGGGUUAGCUUCAAACAGAUUUUUGCAGAGGAAAAACAAUGGCUUGAACGACCAUUCUCCAUUGAAGAAAUUGAGGAAGGGUUACGAAGCUGUGAAGGAUCUAAAGCUCCGGGACCGGACGGGUACAACUUUAAUUUUCUUAAAUUUGCUUGGGAUAAUUUAAAGGAAGAUUUUAUGAGUUUCUUUGCAGAGUUUCACAAGAAUGGUAGAUUAGUUAGUGGGCUGAAUUCAUCUUUCUUAGCUCUAAUUCCUAAGAAGUUUAAUUCUAUGGAAUUAAAGGAUUAUAGACCCAUUAGCUUGAUCGAGUGUGUUUACAAAUUGUUAACAAAAGUGUUGGCCAAUAGAAUUAAGGCCGUGAUGCCGGGGAUUAUCAGUGAAACUCAAUCUACUUUCUUGAGAGGACAUCAAUUAGUUGAUGGAGUAUUAGUGUUGAAUGAGGUUGUGGAGGAAGUUAAGAGAAGGAAGCAGUCGGCUUUUGUUUUCAAGGCUGAUUUCGCGAAGGCAUAUGAUUGUGUGGAUUGGUCAUUUUUUGAAUGGAUGAUGGAUCGCUUGGGUUUUGGAAUCAAAUGGAGAGGUUGGAUUAUGGAAUGCUUGUCGACUUCUAAGAUUUUAGUUCUAGUUAAUGGAAGCCCGACAGAGGAGUUCAAGGUUGGAAAGGGAUUAUGACAAGGGGAUCCUUUAUCCCCAUUCUUAUUCUUGAUGAUUGGAGAGGGAUUAAAUGGAUUGGUUCAGAAAGCAGUGUUGGAGGGUAUGUUUUGAGGUAUAGAGAUUGGCAGGAAGGGGUUAACAGUUUCUCUACUUCAAUUUGCGGAUGACACAGUCAUUAUGGGAAAGGCUGACAUAGAGAAUAUAAUCAUGGUUAAAAC